UUCCGAAAUCUGCGAAACCGCAAACGUGAAUGCGUAUUGGGGCCCAGUCGCCGCGCUCUCCGAGUCUAGCGGUUUCUAGUUCAUUUCCGUGGCGCCCAAUUCCUUUGCUUGUCAUCGUUGAACGUUGUUUCCGACACUAAUCCUUUGGGUCUUGCUCAUGCUCCUCUUCCUCCUUUCUCAUUAGGGGUUUAUCCUACAUGCCUUGAGCACCAUCACUUGUACUCUCGCCUUUCGCAUCAUUGGCAUCACCACAUACCGGCGUUCUUUAUUCCGUAUUACUUGCGUUCUAAAUGGAAGUGGAAGAGCUCCCUACCUUGUGGUGUGGGCUGUUACUCCUGGAGCUGCGUAGGCUCUACGCUCAACUGCUUUUUAUGAUUUGCGGUGCUUUUGGCACGGGCCAACAAGGAACGAAAUUUAGGUAGUAAGAUUCUUCUAAGGUAAUUAGUCGUAUGAGGGCAGAAGGACGAUGGCAACGUGGACAAAUUCUACAGCCUUUAUUUACUUAUUGUUGGUGGUUGCAUUUAUGACGCUUGUCCUUGUAUCACAUGACCCUGCAAAUCUUCAUUCGAGGUCACAUAGAAGAACACUUCCUGGUAAACGAAUAAAGGUUCGCACGGUGCACCAUGACAAGAAGCAUCACGAUCCUGUGGCGUUUGAUCCCAUAGUGGCAGAAUUUGAAAGACGCAAAGAGGAUCGAGCAUGGGAGAAACAAUACUUCGAGGAUCAGUACAAGAAAUGGGGAGAGCAAGCGCAAAACAACGAGGGUGUGUUCCACCAUGAGGGACUUCGUCGAGGAGAACCUCUAAAGGUUUUGAAGAAUAACGAAGUCGACCCUCACGAAGUGGAUCCAGAUUUUGAAGAUCCAGAGGAGUAUUUGAAUGAUGAAGAUCAAUUUAACAUUACCCAUCGUCUCGCUGUAUUGUUCCCUCUGCUCGACGUAAACCCACGAGAUGACUUUGUGAGUCUGAUUGAGCUGCAAGAGUGGCAUUUAGUACAAGGUAGAAAAGCUAUGCAACAUCGAAGCGAUCGUGAAAUGGAGGCUAACGACAAGAAUCAUGAUGGUCUCAUAUCUUUUGAAGAGUACCUUCCACAUUUGACGGAGGAAGAACGAGGACAAAACAACACGGAGUUCGGCGAAUCUGGAUGGUAUAAGGAGCAAUUUGAAGUAUGUGACAGAGACAAAGACGGGCUGCUCAAUUCUACCGAGUUUAAUGACUUUUUACAUCCUGACGACAGUAAUAACCCUCGCGUGCUUCAAUGGUGCCGGAUGGAGCAGAUAAGGACUCAUGACACAAACAAAGAUGGGAAGAUAAACUGGGAUGAGUUUCACCAUGGAAUGUUCGAUCACUUGCGGGACGAACAUGAUACUGAACAUCUACACCCAGCCGAACAGCUCGAAGAAAAGAAGCAGGUUCAAUCCAAACACUUUUUUUCUGAAAUCGACAGAAAUAAGGAUGGGUAUUUGACUGAAGACGAGAUUGCCCCUCUCAUGGAGAAACUCAGACCAGGGGAAUUGUAUUAUGCAAAGCAGCAAUCCGAGUACCUAUUGCAGGAGGCCGAUGAAAACAGGGAUGGGCGAUUGACACUAGAUGAGAUGCUGAACCAUCCGUACAUUUUUUACAGCACAGCAUAUGAUGAAGACGAGUUCGAUUACUCAACACACGAUGAAUUUCGAUAGUUUUUCUUCUUCCUUUUUUAUUUUUUUUCUUUUUCUCGAGGUGCAGUUCAAGACAAAUUAUGUUUUGCACUUUGGUGGUCAUGUGCUGUCUGAGGUCUGAGGACAACUUCCAAAUAUUGGAUCCACGGAAUUAAUCAGAACUUUGAACACUUAUUGCCGUAGAAGUAGAAAUCUGGGGCUUGGAAAUAGCAAUAGAGAUUUGUAAUCUUAUAGCCGGUCCCACUCGCAGCUUUUUAGAUUAUGGUCCUCAUUCUGUGAUGACUGGUGAUGGAGUUAAAUCAAAUUUUAGGACUGCAUCUAUUGGAGCUUCUGCCAGUAUUGUCCUGCUCGAUUCAAUACUAUUUUUUUCAAGUAUAUCGAGCUCUGUUUGUUUUA